AUGACAGCGAGAAUAGUGCUUGUGUUUUCAACACUGCCACUGCUGAGCGUGGCCUUUGACCAGUCCACAGUGGAGGUGAAGAACUUGCCGGGACUCGAGGCACGGAUCAACUUCAGGCAUUACUCUGGCUUCCUGAGCGGCGCCGAAGGCCGAAUGCUUCACUACUGGUACGUGCAAAGCCAGCGCUCACCAUCUGACGAUCCGGUGCUGCUGUGGAUGAACGGAGGACCCGGAUGUAGCUCGCUCAUCGGGCUUUCCAUGGAGUUGGGUCCGUUCCGCAUCGAUCCCUCAGGCAUGAAAGUAACCUUAAACCCUUUCAGCUGGAACAAGGUUGCGAACAUCAUAUUCCUUGAGGCGCCGGCGGGUACAGGUUACUCGUACGACCCCUCCGGAAGCAACUCUACUGACGACCACAGCAUCACCGAAGACAACUACCGGGCAGUAUUGGAGUUCUUCGAGAACUUCCCGCAGUUCAAGCCGAACGAGUUUUAUGUGACUGGCGAGAGCUACGCCGGCAUUUUCGUUCCUCUGCUAGCUCAACGGCUUCUCGAGGAACCCCACGGAAUAAACCUUAAGGGUUACACCAUCGGCAAUGGAUUCUUGGAUUUCGAGCUUUACGGCAAGGCCAUCAUGUUUUUCGGCUACUACCACGGCCUAUUUGGAGAAGAGUAA